CCGGGCCGGACCAUGAGGCUCCGCAUCUACAAGCGCAAAGUGGUGGCGCUGCUGCUGGCCCUGGGCGCCGCCGCCUGCGCCUUGGCGCUCUGGGGAGGCGGCGGCGGCGGAGGCGGCGGCGGCGAGAAGCUGGAGCCGGGCGGCGGCGGCGGCGUCGGCAACGAGACGCGGCGCCUGCGCUCGCUGGUGUACCGGCUGAACUUCGACCAGCCGGUGGGGCAGGAGGCGCUGUGGGCGGGUCGGGCGGCGGGCGCGGGCGAGGUGGGUCUGGCGGUGGUGGUGCAGGUGCACGAGCGGCCCGAGCACCUGCGCCUGCUGCUGGAGUCGCUGCGCCGCGCGCCGGGCGCCGAGCGGGUGCUGCUGGUGCUGAGCCACGACGUGUGGUCGGCCGAGCUGAACGCGCUGGCGGCGGGCGUGGACUUCUGCGCCGUGCUGCAGGUCUUCUUCCCCUUCAGCCUGCAGCUGUACCCGGGCGAGUUCCCCGGCGGCGACCCGCGCGACUGCCCGCGCGACCUGGGCCUGGCGGCGGCGCUGCGCCGCGGCUGCCUCAACGCGCGCUACCCGGACGCCUUCGGGCACUACCGCGAGGCCGCCUUCGCCCAGACCAAGCACCACUGGUGGUGGAAGCUGCACUUCGUGUGGGAGCGGGUGCGCGCCCUGCGCGGCCACGAGGGGCCGGUGCUCUUCCUGGAGGAGGACCACUACCUGGCGCCCGACUUCUACCACGUCCUGCAGCGCCUGUGGGCCCUGCGCCAGCGCGAGUGCCCCGACUGCCAGCUCCUCUCGCUGGGCUCCUACGCCGCCGUGCGCGGCGCCUUCGGGCAGCGGGCCGACAAGGCCGAGCUCAAGACCUGGAAGUCCACCGAGCACAACAUGGGCAUGGCCUUCGGGCGCGACACCUACCGCGAGCUGCUGGCCUGCGCCGACGCCUUCUGCGCCUACGACGACUACAACUGGGACUGGACCCUGCAGCACCUGACGGUGCACUGCCUGCCGCGGUUCUGGAAGGUGCUGGUGCCCGAGGUCCCCCGCGUCUUCCACACCGGCGACUGCGGCAUGCACCACAAGGCCGCCUGCCGCCCGGCCGCUCACGCCGCCAAGGUGGACGCCCUGCUUGACGCCAACCGGCAGCACCUCUUCCCGCCGGCCAUGAGCAUCAGCAAGCGCUACUCGCUGGUCCCGCUCAGCCCCCAUGUCAAGAACGGCGGCUGGGGGGACAUCCGCGACCACGAGCUUUGCAAGAGCUACCGGCGGCUGCAGUGA